AUGGAAUAAUCAUUCUUGAGAAAAUAAGUGAAAUCAGACAACUGGUUAUUUAGUGAUAUCACACCUCUAAUUACUACCAUAAACAGUAUGGAUGGAUAAAUACAAAAUAAUGAUCUGAGAAAAUUUGUCAUUAAAGAGUCAGAUUGUGAACAUAUCCUAUAAAAACUAAAAGAGUAAAAAUUUAGAAAAAUUAAUUAGUAUUUUACAAUCAAAGCCCUAACAUCUCUACAGAAAAAUCUUUCGACAUUUUUUUCUUCAACGAACUAUUUAAUUACUUGGAAUUUAAACAGUCACAGAUAUAAUAAUGUUUGGAAAUUUACUAAUGUUGAAUUAUGCAACAAAUUCUUUAAUAAAUUUAGACAGAGAUCAUAUGUAUAAACCCAUAUUAUCAAUAUGUGGAAUUAUUUGUCUAUCUCUUCUCAAGUAUUUUUAAAGUUUUAUAAAUAAGAACAUAUUUUAAUGCCAAAACAGAUCAAUUUGUAAAUUUAUUUGUGCUUCGACUUCGAUUGAUAUCAUAAUAUUUAAUCUAUGAUAAAGCUUUAAGAGUCUAAUGUAUAAGUAGUAAAGGUGAUAGUGAUAGUCAUUCAGCUAAUAUCAAUGUAAAAUGAUUAUAAAUCUUAGACUCUUCUAACUGCAGACUUAGAUCAAAUUAUGUUAAUAAAUUUCACUAUAAGAGAUACUUGGGAAGCCAUUCUAUUAAUUACAGGAUGUUUAAUAUUUUUAUAUCAUCUUGAUUCUCAUGCAGGUACAAUAGUUGUAAUAACUAUGUUAUGUGCUUAAGUUUUUAAUCUAAUAGUUACUGCAGUAAUGAUGAAAUCAGAAAAGUUCAUGUUACAAUAUAAGGAUUUGAGAGUUGGAUUGUCAACUGAUGUGAUUGAGGGAAUGAAGUAAAUAAAAUAUUUGUCAUGGGAAGAAACUUUUAGCAAAAAAAUUAUGGGAUUUAGAAAUUGGGAAUUCUUUAUGCUUAGUUUAUUAAAAGGUUUUGAUGGAUUAUGUUCAAUAUUUUGGAAUAAUGUUAGUUAUGUUCUUUUAUGUACAUAUAUAAUCUCAUCAGUUGGAAAUGGUAAAUCUCUAUCUGACUUAAACAUAUUUUCAUUAAUAGCUGUUUUUAAUAUGAUGAUAUUUCCUUUAGGAAUUUUACCUUGGUGUAUAAAUUCUGGCUUAUUGGCUUAUGUAUCAUUUAAUAGAAUUUCUAAAUUUCUCUAAUAACAGGAGAUUGAUCCAGAUGAUCGAUUCUAAUUACCUUAUCCAAAAGAAGGAGAUGUUAUAUUAAUAGAAGGUUUAUUAUGUGAAUGGCCAAUAGAACAUAGUGAAAAAGAAAAAAGAGCAUAAAAAAAAAAUUAAAUUAGUGAUGAUAUAUUGGUAUUUAAUUAAACUGAUGAAAAUUCUUAAUUUGUAUUAAAGAUAAAUGAAUUAAAGAUUGAGAGAAAUACAUUAAAUUUUGUAAUUGGUAAAAUUGGAUCUGGUAAGAGUGCUCUUUUUAAUGCAAUAUUAAAUGAGUUAUAAAAGUAUAAUUAAUAUGAAGGAAUGUACAAUAGUAUUUCAAUUAGAUCUGAUUCACUACUUUCAGGAUAAAGAAUGCUUACAAUUAGUGAUUAAAUAUUAAUUAAAGGAAAUAUAGGUUAUUGUUCUCAAACAACUUGGGUUUAGAAUAUGAGUAUUCGUGACAAUAUAUUAUUUGGAUUGCCUUUUAAUUAAAAUUUGUAUAAUGAAGUGAUAGAUGUAUGUGAAAUAAGAAAAGAUAUAAUGACAUUUGAUAAACAAGAUUUUCAUGAAAUAGGACCUGAUGGUAAGAAUUUAAGUGGAGGAUAAAAACAAAGAAUUACUUUAGCUAGAGCUUUAUAUUAAAAUUGUGAUAUAUAUUUAUUUGAUGAUAUAUUUUCAUCUUUAGAUAUUCAUAUAGCUGAUUAGAUAUUUUAGAAAACAAUAUUGUAAUUUUUAAUCAAUAAAGGAAAAACAGUAUUAUUAAUUACUUCUCAUUAUCGUUAUUUAAAUUAAGUACCUUAAACAGUGAAAUCAAGAAUAAUUUAUUUAGAAAAUGGGUAAAUAAUAAAUGAUAUAAAUCAAAUUAAUGAAUAUCUGUAAAAAGAAUAAGAACCAUAAGAAGAUUAGUAAAAUAUUGAGGAAGAAUUAGAAGAAGUGAUACCAGAAUUGAUUAAAUAAUAAAGUUCUAAGAAAUCUGAAAAAGAAUAAUUUAAAAAUAAAAUUGAAGAAGAUGAAACUGAAAAUUAAGAGUAAAGAGAAUAAGGGAAGAUUAAUAUGAAUACUUGGUUAACUUAUUUUAGUAGCAUGAGUUGGUUCCUUUUAAUAGGAUGGGUGAUUGUUAAUUUUUUUAUGUAAGGAUCUAUGUCUUUAAUUGAUUUCUGGUUGAAAUCCGAAUUAAAAGGUGAUGAAACUUGGUUACAUUAAAUUACAGUUUAUUAUAAUAAUUCAUUUACUGACACUUUACUUUAUCUUACUUUAUUUGCCUUAUUGGUUACAUUUGUUAGAGCUGUUUUAUAUGUUUCAACAGCUUUAAGAUCAGCUUGGGUGCUAUUCAUAAAGUAAAAAUAAUUUUUAUAUUUAUUUAGACUAAAUAAAACAUUAAUGGAAUCUGUUAUGAAAUUUUAUGAUAAAACAAAUGCAGGAAGAAUUAUUAAUAGAAUAUAAGAUGAUACAUAAAUGAUAGAUGAUGAUUUAAGUUGGACCUUUCAUUGUUUCUUAGAAAAUGUUAGUAGAGUGACAGGUUUAUCUAUAGGGUUAGUAAUACUCUAGCCUAUUUUUGUAUUAAUAUUAUUUGGAGUUGUUCUACUUUAUUAUUAAGUGAGUAAAACUUAUAUCAAAUCAAAUAGAGAAAUAAAAAGAUUGAAAUCAGUCAAUUAAGGAUCAUUACUUUAAACUGUAAAUGAAACUUUGACUGGAAUUAAAUUAAUCAGAGCUUUUGAUAAAAAUUCUUAAUUUUCUUAAACCUUUUAAAAUAAACUUUAUAAUUGGGUAAUGACUGAUUAAUGUGGAGAAAGAUCUAAAUUAUGGUUUGGAGUAAGAUUAAAUUUGAUGAGUAAUUUAAUACUUAUUUGUGUAUCAAGUUUUGUCAUACUUACUGUAAUAUUGGAUUUUUAAGAUGAUUAUUCUGUAUAAGCCUUAGCAAUUACUUAUUCUAUGGUAGUUUUAGAUAGUUUUUAUGAUUUAUUUUCUUUAUAUUUAAGAAUGGAAUCUGGAAUAGUUUCUGUUGAAAGAGUCAAAUAAUAUUUUAGCAAUGAAACAGAAAAUAUUGAUAAAAUUUCAAUAUUGCCUAAGGUUGAUUUAGAAAUUUGGAAGGAUGUAUAAGAAUUUACAGAAUUCAAAAUAGAAAAUGCAGUAACUUUUAAAAAUAUAUUUUUAACAUAUGAGAAUGUUUCUGCUUAAGCUAAGUUUGCUUUAAAAAAUUUUUGCUUGACUAUUAAGAAAGGAUAGAAAAUAGCAUUUGUUGGGAGAACUGGAUCUGGUAAAACUUCGAUAUUAAAUAUUUUAUUUGGACUUUACAAUCAUUAAUAUGGAAAGAUCUUUAUAAACGGAAUGGAUGUAAUAUAAUUUUAUAAUUAACUUUUAUUAGACUUCUAAAUUAACUUUAAGAGAAUUAAGAUCUCAAUUAUCAGUAGUACCUUAAUUUGGAUUUUUAUAUAAUGCUAGUGUAAAAGAUAAUUUAGAUCCACAAAAUAAAACAAAUAAAGAAACUAUAGAAAAAUUAUUUAUUGAUACUGGAUUUUAAUUAAGAGGUAUCAAUAAUACCAACAGUAAUUCAUGUAAUGCUGAUUUUAUUAUAUCAUAAAAUGGAUCCAAUCUAUCCAAUGGAGAAAAAUAAGUUCUCAACUUUUUGAGAAUUGUUCUUAUGAACAAAGAGAUUAUUUGUUUAGAUGAAGCUACUUCAAACAUGGAUCCAAAAACAGAUUAAGUAUAUAAUUUUUUAUUUAUUCUAUAGUUAUUGCAUGAUUUACUUUUCAAAUUUGCCGAAAAUAGAACACUAUUGGUUAUUACUCAUAGAUUAGAAAAUAUUAAAAUUUAUGAUAAGAUUAUUGUUAUGGAAUAAGGUGAAAUAGUAGAAUAAGGAGAAUAUUAAGAAUUAAUUAAGAUAGAAGGGGGCUUUUUCAAUAAAUUAAUUAAUCAUCACCAAUAAUAAAAAUUGGAUUGA